UAUCGUCACCUACGGGAAUUCCUUACGAAACGAAAGACGGCUCGUUUUCUAUUUCAUAGGCGGCCGGGCUUGUGGUUGUUCGUGGAAUAUGACUAAGAACCGUAGCGGGUCAGGAAGAAUCGGCCGCUAUUAGUAGCGUCAAAAGCCCAUGAAAGCCGGCUGGAGAAACAGGAUCAGAGGCGGCGAGUGCGGCCGACGCUCUGACCACGCAUGCGCCGUAGGGCGCCACACGAGCUCGGCAGCUACACGGACACGCAGUUCGCUUCGCGGUGUUCCGGCGAAUGGCCGAGUCAGGGUAUAGGCGGCGAGCUGGCCUGUGACCGGAGCCUUUCUUCGGUAAUACCCAACCGAAACAGUGCUAGCCCGAGAGCAAGAUGGACCGUGAGUUGAACGACGCCGAUUCGGCGGAGCUAUGGCACAACCUAUACAUCGAAAUCCGUAACCAAUCACAUGAAUGUUCGUACAGAGUGGCGAAAUACCCAGAGAAUCGUAAUCUGAAUAGAUACAGAGAUGUCAGUCCAUACGAUCACAGUCGAGUUAAACUAAAACAUUCUGAAAAUGACUAUAUCAACGCAAGUUUAAUUGUGAUGGAUGAAGCCCAAAGAAGCUACAUCUUAACUCAGGGGCCUUUGAGAAACACAUGUGGUCAUUUUUGGUUAAUGAUCUGGGAACAGGGGACAAAGGCUGUAAUCAUGCUGAACAGAAUUAUGGAGAAGGGAUCCGAAAAGUGUGCGCAAUACUGGCCAUCAGUGCAAGGGUGUGAGAUGUCUUUUCAGGACACAAAUUUUACUGUGAAGCUGAUUUCGGAGGAUGACAAGUCCUACUACACGAUACGAGUGCUGGAGCUGCAGCACAUGGGCACUGGGGAGUCCAGAGAAAUCUACCAUUUUCAUUACACCACGUGGCCAGACUUCGGGGUGCCUGAGUCUCCGGCCUCCUUCCUGAACUUCCUGUUCAAGGUCCGGGAAUCGGGCUCCCUAGAGACGGAAUACGGGCCAUCCGUCGUGCACUGCAGCGCUGGAAUCGGCCGCUCAGGGACGUUCUCGUUGGUGGACACCUGUCUCGUUCUGAUGGAGAAGAGGAAAGACCCAUCCACAGUGGACAUUCAGAAAGUUCUUCUGGAUAUGAGGCGGUACCGUAUGGGUUUGAUCCAGACCCCUGACCAGCUGCGCUUCUCCUACAUGGCUGUGAAGGAAGGUGCCCAGUACAUCACAGGGGACAGGUCUGUGCAGGUAUCUGUGCAGCAACAGUGGCAGGAACUUUCCAAGGAGGACGAGGAGCCGAAGCCAGAGUCCCCCCAGCUGCCCUCGCCGUGCCCUGUCAGCAGAGCCAAUGGCAGCCAGGAGACUCCCUCAAGGCCCGCGGGACGUCCGGAGGAGUGGCCAACGGGGAAGGAUGCCUCGCAGCCGGAGGUCGGGAGCGCGAGGAGCCUGCGCCGGAGGCACCGGGAGGAGCGUCGAGUCGGCACGGCGGAGCACGUGCAGCAGAUCAAACAGCGCCUGAGCAACACUGAGCAGCGCAGGAAAAGGUGGUUGUACUGGAAACCUGUGGUCCUGGCGGCGGGGGUGGGUGCAGCACUGGCGGUCGGACUCUACGCUGUCUGGGGACUCCUCUCCCAGUGAGGCGUUCCAUGGGGUGCAUCCUGCUCCCUCUUGGCAGAGGGACAGGGCUUUUUUAUUGUUCAUUUUAUUGUAACCCCUCCUUACACCAGAGGUGGAAAUUUCAGAUCCAGAAAGUACAAAUCCAGACCGUGAUUUAGCUUCAACCAAUCAGUUGAGCAUAAAAAGUCACAGUUACAGAGUACUCCACUGGUUAGUUGAAACAAAAUCCUGGUCUGGAUUUGUACUUUCUGGACCUGAAAUUUCCACCUCUGCCUUACACACACACACACACACAUACACACACAUACAGUGACGAGGGAAGAGCUCUCAGGCGUUGGCACGCUAGGUCACAUGAUUUACGCCCAGCAAACACAGGAGAGCAUUGAAUGGGCACCUCAGGACCUUGUAUAGGAGCAGAUGUGCUCGUAUGCUCUAGGACAUGGCGUCCACGAGGCUCCGCUUAGCGGCAGAGUGAAGCCUCGUUUCUCAUUGUCUUUUCGUAGCUGUGCGAUUUCUCUUAUGCUUCUGAGGAAGAUCUUCAAAUUGUACUUCAUUGUAAGAGUUAAUUCCACUCUCAGCAGCUAAAAUGGAGAAAGUUUUUUUUUCCCUUUUCGAAAUCCCUCUAAGCCUCUGUUUAUUGUUUCAAAAUGACAUCAGUGCAGUUCGCAGGAUGACGAACAAAUUCAGGUGCUGGUAGGAAACCCCAUGUGAGCAUUUUACACAAAGCAUCUGAAUGUGACCAGGAUUGGUGAAUGUAGCGUUUCAUUUGAAGACAUCAGAGCAAAGAUAUGUUGGCGUACCACAGGUGGACAUCAUGCCCGCAUCCAAGAUCAUUUUAUUGGGAACAUAAGUUACGGGUUGACGGGUGUGUUCUGGCAUGUCACUGGUCUGUCAUGCCAUAAUUUGGCCGGUUGCCUUAGUGACGUCCAUUCAUGGGGGUAAACAUUCUUAUGGCCAGAUGAGGUUAAUCUAUCAUUCAUUCUUUUGGGAAACCAAAUAAAAACAUGUGCGGAAAACUUUGGUGUUAAAUGCAGUAUUUCAGUUUUAUUUUGGCCGAUUCGGAAUAUAUUUUUUUAUGGCUUAUAACCGCUCAAAUCCAGCUAGUAACACUGCGACCUCGUAAAGACGUCAUCCACAGGUUUCUCCCACAUGAUGUUCUGGAACAUUUCUUACAGGUGUCAAAUACUGGGAUCGAUGUGAGUGCUUUCAAACGUGACAUUUUUUACAGAUGAAACUUUUUGGUCUGGUUAAUUAUUUUUUUUUUUUUGUUGACUCCACUGGUAGAUUUUUUUUUCACCACAGUUACCAGCACAAACUUGGGAUAUUUGUUUGUUUGUAAAUAAUAUUUUCAUAUGGUAUUACAUGCUCUGUUUACAAAAUGUAUAUACAAAUGGACACAAAUAAAAGAAUUGGGAUCCAUGAAAGGAUAGUGACUAGGCUAAUGAGGCAGUGAUUGGCGGUGUGAGAUAAUCCCUCCCCCAGUGCAGCUUUCACAACAUAUGGCAGCUUGAGUCUCAAUCAGUGACUAGCUGCGUUAUCAUCACUGUCAUUAUUAUGGAAUUAACUAGACAGCACUGUUACUCAGGGUCCAGGUUUGGUUAGAGCUGCCCAUUGGGAAUCAAGGGGAAGGAAUCACCCAGAGAAGAUUUUCUUUCUCCACAUUUAGUCGUUGCAGUUAAUAAGGUGAUUUCUGGCUUUUAACUUUUUUUCGUUUUAUUACAGGUAUUUAUGAAUAUAAUACCUAAAUGGGCUGAUCAGGAAAACCCUUUUUAAAUACGUGCCUUUAAAGCAAUUCACAAAUGUUUCGUUUUUAGGCAGGAAAUGCCAAGGUUGUGGGCAUGUUUAUUGUCUGUUUGGUCAUUCUCUAUUCGGUGCGUAUCAGUGUUUAUUCAUGUUGAAGCCUGUUAGCCCUUACUUUAUUAUGGGCAAAAAGGCUUUUGUUGGUCAGGUCAGUUACAUAAAGGAGUGGGCUGGAGUUUGAUUUAAGGGCAGCAUAAAAAUGUACUGAUUCAGCAGUCUGCUGUAUCUGAGAGAUUUUUGGCAGUCUGGUACACAGACUUGGAGAGGUAAAACUGGAGUUGUAAUUGUGUAGCAGAGCACCAGGGGGUGCUGUUCUUCCUGUCCCUAGAUCAGCUGACCAGCUUGACCCAUCGGCUCACUUCAGUGCCGUUACGUGCUGUUUAAAGCCCAUGAGCACCCCAGAUCUCGAAAUGGACCACCGUUUUUUUUUCUAAAUUAGAUUCAGAAACUGUCAGACUGCACAUACACAUUUUUUUAUUUCUUCUAUCUUCUUUUCGAAUGGCAUUUUUCUUCAGCAUCACUGUCUGCAUCUUUUGAAACCUCGCGCUUUCCCAUUGUGAUGUUUGUGGAAUUUUCAAAAUCAGCUUCUUGAUUUAUGUAGUAGGGUGCGGUAGGUUACAUCAGACGGCUCUGCAGUCCUGCUCUGCAGUUUGUUUGGCACGGCGGGGCGCUUCUUGUCGUGACUUGAACGGAGGUGGUUUCUAUGCUUUGCUCAGAGCACGUGGGUGUCCUGCUGGGACUCUACUUAGAGGGAGAAAUGAAGCAUCAUGGGAAGCAUUUGUACUUUUCCUAAAAUCUCUUCUUAAACCCGCUCUGUGUCAUUGUGAAGACUGGUUCCCACUUUAAAACAUCCCAAUGAGUCCAGCUUGUGUUUUUCCAUUCUGGGUUCAUUGUCCUGGCUCCCAUAUUCAGUCACUGUUCAGUCACAGUUCUCUGCUCUGACAGCAUGCACGUAGACCUCAGAACUAUUUCAAGUAGGUUUUGUGUAAAUGGUCCUACGGCGUUGCGUCCUCAAGAUGAAAGCACAGCAGUGCUGUGUCAUCAGUGGGUAGAACCUUUGUGCUUGAGUUGUUGGUUCCACUGUUCUGACAUUUGUGACCUGAACAAAGAGUUGGUGUUGGCCCCGCCCCCUCUUCUUUGUCAGUUGAAGCCAAUGCAGCUCCUGUUAAAUAGUUGAGCCUGAGUGAAGCAAUCCGAUUCCCCCAUCAGUAAGUGUGAUUACUACUCAAUAUGUUUGGGGACCAGACUUUGAGGCCGUCCUAAUGGCUCCUGCUGGCCCCGCCUACCUAAUGACUCAGACUGCUGAGAAGCUGGGCUGCCCUAACUGGCCUUGGUCCCCUUCUCUGAUGUAUAAUCUAGGCCGGGCACUUUAAGAAACUUGUACUGUAUGUAACGGUCCUGACUUGUCAUACUGACAGCCUGACAGACACUGAACUUGAACCUUUUUCCACCCCUUUCUGAAGAGAUACACGACCAAAGUAUUUUACGUACUGUAAUUACACAGUGUUCCAGGUCAGGCUGCAUGCUGCAGGCCUCAUUGGCGCAUCCAUGCGGACUGUCUGCGUGCAGCAGUGGUUGCUCUUGCCAAAGCCAUUAAAGAAUAACACGUGGCAGUGUGUGCGUGUGUGUUUGGUCACCUGACACCUUGGCCCCUGCCGUGGGCCCGGAUGUCCUCCGCCAAGGGGGAUGAACGCUACGCUUCCUGCGUGUGCGCGUGCUGCAGCCUGGAUGAGCGGCCACCCUGUCGUUAAAUCGGCUUGUACCCCACCCCCCCACUCCCAUUUACAGUUUUGUAAGCCUCGUUUCGUAUUUAAUAAACAUGUCAGAAUUAA